AUGGAGCAGGGCUCAUCCCAAGGCAUCACCUCACCGCGCCACACUCUCCUCCACCGCUCCCACUCCGCACCUUCAAUCUUUGUCGCCGCCGGAGGAGAAGCCUCGCCGGGGAGCGAGGACGACGGCGGUGGCCUUGGUUCCUCACCAUCGGAGAAGUCCUUCGUCAUGCUGGCCUCCGCCGGCGUGGUCAUCUACCUCGUCUGUGGCGUGCUGGUCUACGUGCUGACGAGGGGAAGCUUCGAGGGGCACAAGACGACGGCGGUGGUCGACGGGUUCUACUUUUCGGUGGUGACCCUCUGCACCAUCGGGUACGGCGACAUAGUUCCCAACUCCGAGUUCACUAGGCUGUUCACCUGCAGCUUCAUCCUCUUCGGCUUCGGUUUCGUCUAUAUCCUCCUCAACGGCCUGCUGGCGCACUUCCUGGACACACAGGAGGGUCUGCUGGUGACCAUGGUGGACGGCGACCGGCUAUCGGCUGCGCUGCAGACGUACGUGAUGGACGUGAAGAAGAGGAGGAUGAGAGUGAGGAUGAAGGUGGUGCUGGCGGUGGCGGUGGUAGCCGUGUGCAUCGCCCUGGGGACCUGCAUGGCGAGGCUGCUGGAGGGCCUGAGCUGGCUCGACAGCUUCUACCUGUCGGUGACGUCUGUGACGACGGUGGGAUACGGGGAUAUCGCUUUCAAGACGGUGGGGGGGAGGAUUUUCGCCGUCGUGUGGCUGCUGGUGAGCACGCUGGCGGUGGCGAGGGCCUUCCUGUACCUCGUCGAGCUGAGAUUCGACAGGCGGAGCCGCGGGGUCGCGCGGUGGUUCCUCCGGAAGAAGAUGACCUUCAGGGACCUCGUCGCCGCCGACCUCAACAAUGAUGGGGUCAUAAGGUAUGCCUCUCUGCCUGCGCUCUCUCUCUCUCUCUUCAGCUCUAUCCAGGCGGCACUCCCACCCUUGAUAAUAGGGUUUAGAGAGAGAGAGGGGAGAGAGAGGGAGAGAGAGAGAGGGGGGGAGAGAAAGAGAGGAGAGGGAGAGGGGGAGAGAGAGAGAGAGGGAGAGAAAGAGAGGGAGAGGGAGAGAGAUAGAGAGGGAGAGAGAGAGAGGGGGGAGAGAGAGGGGGGGGAGAGAGAGAGGGGGGGGAGAGAGAGAGGGAGGGAGAGAGAGAGGGGGGAGAGAGAGAGGGGGGAGAGAGAGAGAAAGGGAGUUUGAGAGAGAGAGAGAGGGGGAGAGAGAGAGAGGGGGAGAGGGAGAGGGAGAGAGGUGAAGAAUAAGUAGGUUUGAGUUGGACGAGGACGACGAGCAGGAGUAGAGAGUGGAUGCCCAGAGUGAUAGUGGGCCCUGGCCCAUUUAACCGGUAGUAGGAUCCGACCGACUAAAUCGGGUCUCCGAGAGCGCGGGUUGACUUGUCGACAACUCGGUCCCGGGUGGCCCACCGGCGGCUAGAGCUUUCCGCCUGACGCGGACAGCCGCCUCGGGGGUAUAAAAUAACCGCCUGCGGCCCAAGUUACCCCCCCUAUCGUUAUCGUCAUCUCCGCGGUGAGGGUGAGGUUGACCUUACCGGCGGAGGUUCGAAUCGGACAUGGAUAUUCACCUGAAUCUCAAGUAUUUACGAGGAUAGACACCUGCGCUCACGAAUCAGAGUCCGAUCCCACACCCCCCCUCCCUCUCUCGCUCUAUCUCUUUCACUCUCUCUCUCUCUCUCUCUCUAACGGACGAGGUUAACCACAUAUAAAGUGCCAUUACGUGAAGCACGUUGGAAAUGGCCCGAGGUAGCGUGGUGAAAGCGUGAGCUGUCUCUGUUAGCUGACGAGAGAGAGAGAGAGAGGACAAGCCUUGGCGAGGUCUGUACACGCUGGGAUCGGGAGAGAAGGCUUCGUACGAACCCUUGAGGGGGAAGGGGAAAGAGAGAGAGAGAGAGCCACUGCCUCAUGAAUGAGACAGCAGAUGGGGGCCGGCCGAAGCUCGCACGCCGGAAAAAAUACCAGAUUUUGAGGGGGGGUUUACGGCCUGGUGGAGGGGAACUAGUUGAUCUGAUGUCCGUCCCCGUUGACUGCUUCGCCCUCGGCUCCAAUGAAGGAGUACGUUUUAUAUUUAUUCUUGUGUCCCUUUCACACGGGGGUUAUUGCCUCCGUCCGUCUCCGCCGCCGCCGCCGUCGUCUAUUCGUCGUCGUUAAUAGAACAGGGGCCGAAGGGGGGAGACCCUUUUGGAGAAGAAGAGGAAGAAUGA